UUAAAUUUUAUGAAAAAAAAUUGGGCCUUUUUGAAGAGGUUCAACAUGGCAGGAGAUCAGGCGCAGUUUUACCAAUUAUUAAAUACAUUAUUGUCUACAGAUAAUGAUAUCCGACAGCACGCAGAAGAUGCUUACAACAACAUACCAACAGAGACAAAGGUGGUACAUCUAGUGGGAGCCAUUCAGAAUGGAGACAUCGGUGAAGAAUCAAGGCAAACAGCAGCUGUGCUGCUGCGACGAUUGCUCAGUGCGGAAUUCUUUGAAUUUUUCCCUAAGUUACCUUUUGAUCAACAGACAAUGCUUAGGGAACAGUUGCUUAUUACACUUCAAAUGAAUGUUAGUCAGCAGUUACGAAGGAAGAUCUGUGAUGUAGUAUCUGAGCUUGCCAGAAAUCAUAUAGAUGAUGAUGGAGUCAACCAAUGGCCUGAGUUCCUACAAUUCAUGUUCCACUGCGCCAGUUCACAAAAUCCUGACAUUAAAGAGGCCGGGAUAAGGAUGUUCACGUCAGUGCCUGGAGUGUUUGGAAACAGACAAAAUGAAAAUUUAGAUGUUAUCAAACAAAUGCUGUUGUCAUCUCUCCAGCCAACUGAAACGGAAGCCCUGCGCAUGCAGGCUGUUAAAGCUGUUGGGGCAUUCAUUCUCUUGCAUGACAAGGAAUCUGCUAUACAAAAACACUUCAGUGACUUGUUGCUGCCACUUAUGCAAGUAGUGGUACAGUCUAUAGAAAAGACUGAUGAUGACUCCGCUCUUAAAGUUCUCAUUGAGCUGGCUGAAUCAUCUCCAAGGUUCCUGCGGCCACAGUUGGAGACAAUCUUUGAAGUUGGCAUAAAGGUAUGUGAAGUAAUAGGAUUCUGCCAUAUAUCUCUGCAUUAUGUAACAAUGUUAGAAACGGCGCCGGCGAUGGUGCGCAAGCAGGUGCCCGUCGCCAUCCGCAGACUGACGCCGCUCGUGCUCGGCAUGAUGUGCGAACUGGACGACGAGCCCGACUGGUCCGUGCAGGACGACGUCGCUGACGACGACAACGACUUGAACUAUGUGACGGCGGAAUCAGCACUUGACCGCAUGUGUUGUGGCCUAGGAGGAAAGAUAAUGUUGGGCUUGAUAGUUGGGCAAGUGCCUGAGAUGUUGAACUCUGAAGACUGGAGGAAGAGACACGCCGCCCUCAUGGCGGUCUCCUCGGCCGGCGAGGGAUGCCAUAAGCAAAUGGAACAGAUGCUGGACCAAGUUGUAUCUGCUGUUCUCACUUAUCUCACUGAUCCUCAUCCUCGAGUGCGCUAUGCCGCAUGUAAUGCGAUUGGACAAAUGUCUACUGACUUUGCUCCAAACUUCGAAAAGAAAUUCCAUAGCAAAGUUGUACCUGGUCUACUGUUAGUGCUGGACGAUAGUGAGAAUCCUCGUGUACAGGCUCAUGCUGCUGCGGCUUUGGUAAACUUCAGUGAAGAUUGUCCAAAACCAAUAUUGACACAAUAUCUGGGACCUUUGAUGGGCAAGCUUGAAAUUAUUUUGACCACCAAGUUUAAAGAGUUGGUGGAACGUGGUACAAAGCUUGUGUUGGAACAGAUAGUGACUACUAUCGCAUCUGUUGCUGACACUGUGGAGAGUGAUUUUGUGCAAUACUAUGACCGCUUGAUGCCCUGCCUCAAAUACAUCAUUGCCAAUGCAACUACUGAUGAAUUGAAGACACUGCGCGGAAAAACUAUUGAAUGUGUCAGCCUUAUCGGUCUGGCUGUGGGAGAAGAGAAAUUUAUGGCGGACGCGUCUGAAAUAAUGGAUCUUUUGCUAAAGACACACACCGAGGGCGAACAGCUGCCCCCUGAUGACCCGCAAACAUCGUUCCUCAUCUCCGCUUGGUCGCGAAUUUGUAGAAUUAUGGGCAAGAAGUUUGCACGUUACCUACCCAUGGUCAUGGAGCCUGUGCUUCGCACGGCUGCAAUGAAGCCUGAAGUGGCUCUACUUGACAACGACGAAAUCAAGAUCAUUGAAGGUGACCUCGACUGGCAUUUUGUCACUCUUGGAGAACAACAAAACUUUGGCAUCAAAACUGCAGGUCUUGAAGAUAAAGCAUCCGCAUGUGACAUGCUGGUGUGCUACGCUCGGGAAUUGAAGGAAGAGUUUGCAGACUAUGCUGAAGAAGUAGUGAAGCUAAUGGUGCCAAUGUUGAAAUUCUACUUCCACGACAACGUGCGCACGGCCGCCGCGGAGUCGCUGCCUUACCUGCUAGAGUGCGGGCGCACCCGCGGCCCGCAAUACCUACAGGGCAUGUGGGCCUACAUACUGCCAGAGCUCUUGAAAGCCAUAGAUUCAGAACCCGAACAGGAGGUGCAAGUCGAACUACUUAAUAGUUUAGCUAAGUGUAUUGAGCUGUUGGGAACUGGGUGCUUAUCGACAGAGACCAUGGAGGAAGUGCUUCGCAUCCUGAAUAAACUUCUCACGGAACAUUUCAAACGUGCUACCGAACGUCGCCAGAAACGAGCUGACGAAGAUUAUGAUGAGGUGGUGGAGGAGCAGCUCGCGGACGAGGACAACGAGGACGUGUACGGGCUGUCGCGCGUGGCGGACGUGCUGCACGCGCUCAUGUCCGCUUACCGCGAGAACUUCUUCCCGCACCUCGACUCGCUGUUGCCGCACCUCAUACAGCUGCUCGCGCCCGGACGCGCGUACUCAGACAGACAGUGGGCAAUUUGCAUCUUUGAUGACGUCAUCGAAUUUGGAGGACCGGCGUGCAUAAAAUACCAGGAUAUAUUCCUCGAGCCGAUGCUGAGCGCCGCCGGCCACUUCACCCCAAUAGUACACUUCCAUUCGUUAACCGCCUGUAGGACGCUGCUAUUUAUAUAAAUAUAUUCGAAACUAAUAAUGGCGUUUAACAUUGUUAUUUAUUAAUACAUUUGAAUUGUCUGUCCCUUAAUAGUAAACGAUUGGGAGAACUCCCGUAAACAGCAAAUACAUUUUCACUUCUAUCCCUAUGGUGGAUUGUUCUUCGAUCUCAUACUCAAUCAAAAAUCAGUUUGGGCUUAAAUUGCUGUGAUAUAUUUUGUACUGUUUUUUUGAGGUUUAAUCGUGUUAAAGCGUUGUAGACACCUCGUUGACGUUUAAUGUCGUUUUCCAAUCCAGUUUGGCCAAUUGUAAUGUGGAUGGUCCAAUUCUUAUCAUUUAUAUUUAGUCAAAUAGAUAAAGUAAUAGAUUAAACGAUAGGGCUAGGUGCUGGGGUUCAUAAUUUGGAAUUGAUAAUAUACUUGCUCAUCUCCUUAAAGUUUAAUUGUUAAUAUUCUAGAAAUAUAUGAUACUCGUUACGCUUUUUAUAUAAAUGACACCAAACGAAGGAUUGGACCAUUUACAAAUGAACUUCACAGGUUUGCCAUAUUUCGGCUAUGUUGAGAACUUUGUGGCUGAUUCCCGCAUGGGCGAGACUCUGUUUUAAGAAAUAAUUUUAUUCAGUAAAUAUAUAUAAUAUUAUAUAUAUACAUUUCUUUGUUUAACUAAAAUAAAAGUUAUUGACA